CUCAGUCCGUCAAUAGACGUCAGAUUGAACGGACGUCACAAUGGGGAGAAUUACGUUUUUAUUAGUUUCUACAUUCCUAUACUAUGUCCAAGCUGCUCAAUACACAGUUCCUCCGGCUACAUUAGAAGCUAUUUAUCCUAGAGGACUCAGAGUCACGGUACCAGACGAUGGAUUCUCCCUAUUUGCAUUUCAUGGUAAGCUCAAUGAAGAAAUGGAAGGGCUAGAAGCCGGACAAUGGUCAAGAGACAUAUUAAAACCCAAAAAUGGAAAGUGGAUAUUUAGAGAUAGAAGUGCAAAAUUAAAUAUUGGAGAUAAGAUUUACUUCUGGACUUAUGUUAUCAAGGAUGGUCUGGGUUACAGGCAGGAUAAUGGAGAAUGGACUGUUACAGAAUACGUCACAGAAGAUGGUACACCAGUGGAUCCGAACAUAGUACCACUGCCAUCACCAACGCCUAGCCCAACAGUUAUACCAGCAUCCAGACCAACACAACCACCUCCCACCCAGCCGCCAUCUUGUAAACGUUCGGCCAGCGUUGUCCACGGUCGUACCAACAUCUGUACUGGCCAACUGCUGUUCAACGAAGAGUUUGAUAAGCCCAGUGUUAAGGAUCUUGCUAAUUGGGAGGUGGAAGUCAAAUUUCCGGAAGGACCCGACUAUCCAUUUAACUUGUACAUGCCAGACAGUUUGAAAAUUGAAGAUGGUGCUUUGGCAAUUUCUCCCAUCCUUACCGAAGAUAAAUACCAAGAAGGAUUCCUUAUGCAGUCUUUGGAUUUAUCCAGCACGUGCACGGGUAUAAUUGGGACUACGGAAUGUAGUCGACAGGCAUCUGGGGCACAAAUCCUACCACCCAUUAUAACUGGCAAAAUGACUACUAAAAACAAGUUCAGUUUCAAAUUCGGCAAAAUUGAAAUACGCGCCAAAUUGCCGAGUGGUAAUUGGUUGAUACCAGAAUUGAAUCUCGAGCCUCGUGACAAAGUCUACGGCAUUCCCCGAUAUGAAUCUGGCCUUAUGCGAGUUGCCUUUGCGAAAGGAAAUCCGAUAUUUGCUAAGAAAUUAUACGGAGGACCAAUCCUCUCAGAUUCUGAACCGUACCGCUCCUAUUUAAUGAGGGAAAAGAUUGGUAUCGAAAACUGGAAUAAGGAUUAUCAUAUUUAUACUUUAGUUUGGAAGCCAGAUGGCAUCGAGCUAUCAGUAGAUGGUGAGCAAUAUGGUACAAUAGACGCUGGUGAAGGUUUCUUUGCAAGUGCUAAAGCAAAUGCAGUGCCCCAUGCGGCUGCGUGGUUGAAGGGAUCUGUUAUGGCUCCUCUUGAUCAGAUGUUUUACGUGAGUCUCGGCCUUCGUGUGGGAGGCGUUCACGAUUUUGCAGACGCGCCAGAAAAGCCUUGGAAGAAUCGGGCUAGCAAAGCAAUGUAUAACUUCUGGACCUCGAAGGACACCUGGUACCAGUCGUGGUACCAAACACAGAUGAAUGUCGAUUAUGUUAGAAUAUACGCUCUGUGAUA